AUGGAUUCCAAUAAUCUUCCCUCUGUUGAAAAGGUCAAGACCACAGUCCCUUUGACGGAUCUACAAGCUUUUGACAUGAUGUCGCGAUUCCUGGAAGCGGAAAAAGCGAAGCACUUGUCACUGGACAUUGCUGGACAAAGCUAUCUUUCAACAUCUUCUCAAAUCUGGAACGACCUUCGCCUGGCUUGCAACUCGCUUUUGGAACAGAACGAUCAUCGUCGAGAACCAGUUGUUGAAUGGAAAAUGGAUACCGAUUUGUUGACCUCCCCACCACCCGCAGAACCAAUGCUUGAGGAGUCAACUCCAGUGGUUCCAGAAUCUGCCAAAUCAUCGACUUCUCUUGACACUUCAGAGAAAGGAUCUCGCCGCUCAGCAAGCAAGGAUAAGAAGGAGUUGAAGAGAGCUAAAAAAGAGGAGAAGAAAUCCGCCAAGAAGGCAAAGAAAGAAGCUAAAAAGGCGAAGAAAGAAGCCAAGAAGAGGAAACGAGAAAGCUUGAGCACGUGA